AUGUGUUGUCCGCUGAGAAGGGCUACGGUGGGAAGGCGGAUAUCAGGCACACAACCUCAUCUGCAUGUUCAACUGUUACGAUACUAUGACGGACAUCAGAAUACCGUAGGAGAUUGGAGUGAUUAUCUGUCACGGCCAGAACGAAGGUACGAUUGCACGUACGGUGCAGUGUGUUUACAAAUAUCCAUUUUUGGAUGCCUCAAGCUCGGUGAGCAACGUAAGUUAGAUGCCUUCGUUUCUGUGAGAGUUCUACACAGGCUGCACGCACUUUACAUGCAUACACUUUGGACCAUGAGGACGUCAAGCACAAUCCCUCUUUCUCCCUCUCUGCGCGUUCGCGUGGCUCUCAUACGGCAGAUGUGUAGACUUACAAAAAGGCUCCUCAUAGCCUCUUAA